AUGCUUGGGAUAAGUGAAAUCGGCGUUCUUGAUACCGGUACUCAGAUAUAUAUCAUCACAGCAUUCUUUUUAAGCCCGCUAUCAAUUUACGCGUUGCGCAAACAUUAUAAAGGACCUAGGCGGAAAAGACAAGAGUGGGCCACUAAUUUGAUCACUAUUUGCGUCGUCAUACUAAAUAUAAAUGUGUGGUGCUUUCUAAUAUGGAGUUUGAAGCAAAAUAGUCAAAGAUUGGAAAAAUCACCGUUGCACACUGGUCUUUUCCGAAUGAAAUUUGAUUCUGUUGAAGUAUCUGGGUUCUCAUUUGAUGUGGAUCGACAACAACAAUCGUUGUUUAUGCAGCAAGGGCUACAGCUGAAUCUGCAGCCUGAUAAUCAAGACAACAAGGGAGCCAACGGUGAAAAAGAAAAAGAUAGAGAGUUAUUUCACGUUGAUGGUCUGUUUAAUUGUAGUUCAAUCCAAUUGAAGGACAAAGCAAGUAUUGCGGCGACUCAGUCAAUUGAUUUGAACCAAGAAUCUGACUUGAAGCAUUUAAGAGAGCAAUUGAAGAGUCUUUCGGGAGCAAACGAGGCUUACAAAUUGUGUUUCCAAGACAACAUAGAGCAACUGGAGGAUUAUAUUCUUAGGCGAAAGUGGUUCAAAUUUUGUGGGAGUGCAGUUUGGAUGGAUCUUUACAAAGUUUACUUUAUGGUGAAUCGAAUUGUGUAUGCAAAAGACGGUAGAAGAAAUAAUCCCACCAUUUCCAUCUUAUCGGGACAAGUGUUUGAUAAAAACUGGCAUGAAAUAAAAGGGUUCAAAUUCCCUCAUUCUGAUUUGGUUUUCCCCAGUAUAUUGCCACAUGAUUUGGACUUGGGUAAGAAGGAAAACAAGAUUGUUAUUGGUAGUGAAGACCCGCGGAUACUGUUGAAUACAUAUAAUGAUUCGAAUGGGGUACGGUUUCAAGAACCGGUAAUUAUAUUUAAUGCAAGAAGUACAGAGGUUAAAUGGGCGCGUGCAAUGCAUGUUUACCGACCAUUUAAUGACCCUCAUAGAACAAUUCGUCUUGCUAUCAAGGAUAAGAAGAGAAGUUUUAUUGAAAAAAAUUGGGCACCAUUUAUGGAUAAUGAUGAUGUCAACAACGACCAAAACAUGAUAAAUUUCAUUUACAACUUUAAUCCGUUACGGAUCAUCAAAUGCAAUUUGCAAAGUGGAGAAUGUGAAAAAAUUUCUGGACCAAGGUUUAAUCCUAUUGAUGCAAAUGAUAACGCGGGAGUUUUACGAGGAGGCACAAACAUUAUCCCCAUACCUAAAGAAUAUCUCCCACUAAUGGAAAUGACACAAGAUCGGAAAUUUUGGCUAGGCAUUGCUCGUUCACACAAUAAUGAAUGCGGUUGUAUGCGUGAACUAUAUCGGCCCCAUAUAUUUCUCAUCUCGCGGUCAUUUACCAAGCAGGAUUCAUUUGAGCUAAAUUAUGUUAGUUCUAUGGUUGAUUUCAAUAUCAAUCCGGAGCCAUGGUCCAAAAGUCACUCCAACAAAGGUACUUGUGUUGACGGAAAGCUGGUUUUGAUUCCUAAUUCAAUAGCGUAUUGGGAUAUUGAUCUUCGCGAUGGCACCGAUUACAUGGGGUUGACUUUUAGUGAGGCUGAUCGUACCAAUAAGCUUGUGCAUUUGAGGGGGGUGCUAAAGCAUAUUCAUAAUGUCAUGCAUGAAAUGGAGACUGAGAAUGUUGUUGAAAACACUAGCAAGGUGGAUGCCACCACUAAGGAGGGUAUCGAAAGCAAGAUUGAGGCGAUUGAUUUGAGCAAUAAACUUCUUGGGUUCUGCUCAACAUAUCUUGCUGAUGAAUAUUGCGAAACGGCGGAAAAGGUAUUUGGUUGGUGA